AUGAGUGGUCAGCAAGGUGAGGGCAGUGGCGGUGCCAUCAACAUUGCACAACUUCCCCUCGAGCAACUUGAAGAGUUACGAAAGCAGCUUCAAUUCGAGGUGCAGAACCUUUCCGCUGCCUAUGAGAGCCUUCGGGGUGUCCAUUCUCGUUUCGUGAGCAACCGCGAAGUGCUGGGCGAGUACAAAAAGGUUUGCGAGGCCGCUGCAUCCAACGAACAGAAGCCACAGGAGGCCCUCGUGUGCAUCAGCAGUGCCCUCUACGUGAUGGGCGAAAUUGUCCCCAGUGACCGUGUGCUAGUGGAUGUGGGCACGGAUUACUUCGUUGAGAAACCAAUGGAUGCCGCGGCGACGUAUUUCACUGGACGCGCCGAGGCGGUGCAGGAAAAUAUGAAUUCAAUAGAGCAGAAACUGCGCGUAAAACAAGGACAACUCGGCAAGGUGGUAGAUACCAUGCGUGCACGGCAGGCGCAGUUGCAGCAGCAGCAGCAACAACAAGCGCAGACGGUGGCUUAG